UAUUUUUUUGAUAGAAAGUUAGGGAAGAAAGUGUAGAGUGCAAGUAGCGUUUCAGUUUUUGGAGUGAGAGAGGGAGAGAUCAGACAUCUUUUACCAUCAGAGAGCAUUUCCAGUGGCUCGAAAUUUUAGAAUUAGGGCCAAAUGGCGACGGUGCAGGCAGUGUUUGGGAAUUUGCCGGCAAGCGAUCGGCGCAUUCUGACGGCGGUUAACAGCGGAGCGUCGAGCCUCUCGUUGCUUGGCUCAGGUUUCAUAGUUCUUUGCUACCUCUGUUUCAAAGAACUCCGCAAGUUCUCCUUCAAGCUCGUCUUCUUCCUCGCUCUCUCCGAUAUGCUUUACAGUUUCUUCAGCAUUGUUGGGGAUCCAUCAAAAGGGUUUUUCUGUUAUGCUCAGGCAUAUACCACACAUUUCUUCUGUGUGGCUUCUUUCCUAUGGACUACUACAAUUGCCUUUACUCUUCAUCGUACAGUUGUUAGACACAAGACAGACGUUGAAGAUAUGGAGCCCAUUUUCCACUUGUAUGUUUGGGGAACUUCUCUAGUCUUGACAGUGAUACGGUCUAUUGGUAAUGAACAUGGACAUUUUGGUGGUUUAGGUGCAUGGUGUUGGACACAAACUGGGCGCACAGGGAAGGUGGUUCACUUUAUUACAUUUUAUGUGCCGCUAUGGGGUGCAAUUAUUUUCAAUGGUGUCACGUACUUUCAAGUGAUACGCAUGCUAAACAAUGCAACGCGUAUGGCGGUCGACAUGUCAAACAGGGCAUACCAACAAGAAGCACGGGCGAAGGCUUUAAACCAGUGGGGAUAUUAUCCGCUCAUUCUAGUAGGAUCAUGGAGCUUUGCUACAAUCAACCACAUCCAUGAUUUUAUUGAACCAGGGCAUAACAUCUUUUGGCUGUCAGUGCUUGAUAUUGGAAUGGCUGCACUUAUGGGCUUGUUCAACUCAAUAGCAUAUGGCCUCAACUCUUCAGUGCGGCGGGCAAUCUAUGAAAGAUUGGAUCUUUUACCGGAAAGAUUCAGAAGAUGGCGCCCGAAGAACACCAAGUCCAGAGGCCCACAACAGCAAGAAAGUGAACUGGUCUCGUUGAAGAUUCAAGACCAGCAAUAGCAACUAGGGGAUAUCUAGGCAUUGCUGCUUUAUCACAGUGGAGGGAUGAUGUUGAAAACGAGACGGAAUACAGGUCAACUUCGUCAUGCCGCCGUGUAUUGGGGACUCUUUCAAUACUCAUUAAACCAGCCCAGUUUUUUUGCAUAAAUCUGUUGAUCCGUUUGCCUUGUGAGACACUUCUGCCCUCUGGAGAGUGGUCCUCCCACAUAUUUCAGUUGAUAGCCUUAUUCCAAGCAGAAUCACUACCAGAGGUUUGUGUGUUGCAUAAGGGGGAUGGCCCCAGUGGCGCUUACGGCAUUGUAGGGAAAAAAGGCCCAACGGUUGUGUAACAGUAUUUAGGUGCAGUGAGGUUGUGGGUUCAAUUUUUAUAAAGAGAAUGUUGAUACCUUGUUGAUUUUUUCCAAUCGCUACCUUGUUCAUGCGCUGGGUGAAGGUUGGGGCAGUAGAGAUAUUUCUGACAUAUGACAAGAGGAAAAGAUAAGAGUAUUGUACCAGGAAAGGCUGAAGCCGAAAAUUUUGUACAUUAUAACAAUUUUUUGGUUGUGUUACUUUUGUUAUUAACGACCCUAAGUUGUGAAUUAA